UCUACAAAUCUUAAUAUUUGGAGUUUCUUACCAAAGACAGAACGGACGGAUCUAUCCGCAGCGGACAUUUUCAAAUAUGUGGCGACUUAGGCAAACACACAAAUGUAGAAAACAAGGUGAAACGUUGAAAUGAGGACAGUCGACGUCGCCAGCAUGUAUCUCGAACGUGAACAAAAAAUUACUCACAUUUAACGAGCGCCAUCUACAGUUGACUAGCAUAGCAACUUGGCCAGCGUAAACAAAAUUAAGAAAUCCCUUGAUCAUUUUUCAGUUGCAGGCUUCACGACACUUCUCCAACACAUUCUAUGGACUGUUCAAAAACCUAGAGGGCAUUACUAUAACCUCGCAGUAGUCUUCAUAUUGGCUAUGGCUUCAGAACAAGAGGGUCCUGACGGGCCCCUCCCUCCACCGGGGGUUAGUUCUCGCCCCCUUCGGGACGUCAUGGAGGGUCUCUUUCAGGAGCAGAAGUAUGACAUCUUACUGAGGACCAAGGGUCACUUGAAUCACAACCGGCUCUCAAAGCCCCCUGAGAUGGCAACCCACAAGCCGUGGGAGAGUUCAGGCAAGGAGGUACCCCUGCUGCUUGCCCCAAGCAAGCUGCCCUCGCCGAGACGUGCACAGAGUAAAGAAGAAGAAAUGGUGCAGGCCUUGUAUCACUUCAGCACAGGUACAGCUGGGAGUUUGCCUCACCCUACCCCAGCAGACCUAAGGACGGACCAGAGAACUACCAAAGCAUCCGCAGGUAGUCACCAUGGUAGCAGAGCCCAACCCCAGAGAGCGUCUAAUUUGGAUGCUCGGAUGGAUUCCCCAGCUUCGUACAUUGACGAUGGCGUUUGCGUCGAAGAGCUGUCCCUGCCCGAAAUCAUGCUCCCUGUUUCUCGUCAGAAAACAACUCGGGGGAUCUCACGGACCCAGUCUCCCCCCCACCGGUUGCCUCCAUUUGAUAAGAGGGAGGACAGGAGUGCUGGAGGGAGGGACUUGCACAAGCAACAAUUUGUGCAAAGCCACCUGGCUGGGAUUACGAAAAGAGACCAGCUCAAUAGGUUUCUAGACUUUCAGAAGAAUGUACUGAGGAAAGAGGAGAUGUAUGAGAAAGGGGUCUUAACAGGGAGGAAAGCAGUGGCACAUUUGGAAAGGAAAUUAUAUGAGAAACUUCAGGAGCUGAAUGUGGAGGCUAGAUUCAGUGCGCCAAACUUUCACCGGUUGCAGAUCUACAGUGAUAUCUGGGAUGAACUCAUCGAAGAAACCCCAACCUUUGCCAAGGUUCUGCUGGAAGUCAAGGGUGAGUUUGACCUUUACAUGGGGUUACUACUGGACACACAGCCUCACAAGCAUGGUGAGAUCCUGAGCCAGCAGGUCAGGGGACUGACUGCAAGUGGUGUGGUCCUGCCUGGAGAACUGGCUAUCGGUCAGGACGUGGUCAAGAAAAUGGAACAGGAGACUAAGAAUCUGCUUGAAGAAAAUGACAGGUUACGAGAGACACUGCGCAAAGAAGAACAUGCGGUUGCCAAGCUUCCGCCUCUCAUCGGCCUCCCCGACCCCAUCGCCGCGAGGGUCAAGGCCAAGGAAGAGGAGAUAGUCCUGGGCCAAGGGGACCAGGUACUGGAACACCAUAAUAAGAUCCUAGACCUGCAGGGUGAGAUAGAAGCCCUGACAGAGGACCUUCACGAGCACCAUGUGCCUCGGUCUAUCUGUGACCAUAUGGAAGGCUGUCUGAGGGAUACGGAGGCAGAGGUGCUCAAACUCCUCUCCACUAAUGAGUACUUGGCGAAGACAAUACAGGGUCUGAGUGUGGAUGUGGACAAACUUCUCGAGAGGUAUGAUGCACCGGAUACAGAUAUCAGAGCCAUUUGGAAGAGUAUCAACACUAUAGGUGCCAUGACAUUUCCAGGAGUAUACUAGGAGCUUGCCAGUAAAUAUGGAUCCUACUAUGGCCAGUGUGGUGUUUGUAUACAAGGAACAUUUUUUCUUGGUUUAUGGAUGAUAGCUGAAUUGAACAUUGAAAAUCUAUGGGCAGUAAAUCUUGCUCUUACCUCAGUCAUAUCACCUGACCGACUCCAAACUGGCCAAUUCUUGGUCAUUUGGGGGUAAUUUAGUACUUUGUUUGGUCUGUUGUUGGCCUGGGUAGUGUUUCAUAAAACCUUCAUAAGUACAAGUUUGCCAACAACCCAUUGAUUUCACACACACGUUUCAAUGGGAUGUCGUGUGAACUUGUAUACUUAUGACUGUUUCGUUAAACAAUGCCAAUUGUGUGACUAGGAUAUCAAGAAUUGAGUGUUGAGCUAUUAUGCUGGAACUAAGAAUGGUUACGCUCUCCUUCCUCAACGGAAAUACACCGUGAAUUUUAUUAUCAGAGAAGAUUUUAUUUUAUGCCCAAUUAAGCAAUGAAGUAGGGCACUGUACAGUGUAGGUACAAUUACAAGUGUUUCAUAAACUUGGUGACACAGAAAGUUUCAAUUUAAUUGUGAGUUGUGGUUAAAGACUUCAAUCCUUAGGGAAGUGGCUGGAGGUACUUCUGCGUUGUUUAUUAAACCGCAGUGGAUCGGUUAUUGGAUCAGCAAUGUAUAUGAUACUGAUGAUGAUGAUGAUUGUUUUAUUGACUGCUAAAAAGGUAUGUCUAUGCUUGUAUUAAGUAAGCAACCAGGGGACCGAUGGCUUUAAAUUCUUCUCCGAGGAUUAAUGCCUUACCAAAGGACACCAGCGCAUCACCUUGGUUUCGAACCAGGGACCACUACUCUACCACUGAGCCAUAUUGCGCCACUGUAAUAUGAUCAAUGCUUGAAAUCGCAUCCAAAUCUAUUUCCAACCGAACUCAUGUUUCAACUUACGACAGGUGACAGGUAACAGGUGACAGGUGACAGGUGACAGGUGUAUGCACUCAUGUUGAGAUGAGUAGCUCAAUCUUCAACUACAUGUAUCUAUUCUUGGUUAUCAUGCCCAUUAUGUUAGAAAAGUCAAGUUGGGUGUCAUCACGGACAAAGAUUGUAGCUUAAAAACCUGAAAAUUUAUGAGGUGAAGAAUUCAUAUUGAGAUUAAAAGUCUUGAUAACUCUCAAACAUGCUUCACUAAAAUAUACAGACAAACUUUCAUGCUAGUAUUUUUUAUUGGUCAUUACUAUGCUAUCUUUCUACUUUCAUUGCACAUGUGUGUGUAGUCCCAUAUACUCAUUUCGGUGUACAGUGCAUGCAACUUUUAUUGAAUUGAAUUUGGGGCACUUCAAACAUUAGGAAAGCACAAGUAUGUGUAGUUUACUGGUAAGCAAAACCGUCCAUUUCUCACCCACCGAAUAGCAUUUGUGUGAUAGAUUCUAAUCAACUUCCAGAUUGCUUUUUUUACAGAAUGUAUUUAUGUACAGUAUUUAUUAUCUACCAAAGCAGAAAGAAAGUGCGUUUGUAUUUUUAACUUGUACACAUUUUAGGAAUAUUUGUUGACACUUUACCAAAAGCAAAAAGGAAUCGGUAGCUAAUCUUUACCAAAUGAAUCUUUGAAUAAGCUAUACUGAAGUUUAAUCUUACUCAUACUAUCACGAUAUGAGAAGUACGUGAUCCAUGUACAUAUUUAUAUAGUCUAUUAUAAGAAACUAACUAUCUUCCAAUAUUCAAUCAAAAUUCAUAUACAAAUGUAUGUUAUACUUAUCUAUGUUGUAAAUUGCUUAAUAAAAUAUUAUUAUAAAG